AUGAAGAUCAAGGUGCGAUCUUUAAAUGGAAAGAAAGCGAUGAUUGAAGUUGAGGAGAAAGAUACGAUUUUGCAUGUACUAUUGCUAGCCGAACCACACAAAGCAUUUCAGAGUGAACUGCUGUAUCAAGGCAGACGUCUCGAAAAAUUCUGCACUAUUGAAUAUUACAAGAUCGUCGAUGGUGAUCAUCUCCAAAUCGUUGACGCGUCCGAUCCGAAUUGCAGUAGCCCCGAGAAUUGUGUGACAAAU